AUGCCCGCUGUGAAUUUUUCAGAAGAACAUCUACUCGCGUACCCCGAUGCGAAAGUCGUCUUGACAACCCGGGAUCCAGAUAAAUGGAUCGCAUCGGUUGAGAGCUCAAUGUACGCGAUUAUACAUUCGCGACUCCUCUUACCAAAAGCUCUCCCAUUCCGUCAACUCUUCUCGCCGGACUCGCGGAUUGGUCUAAUGGCAACCCAGAAGAUCGCGUUGCUCUCCGUGCAGGAUUCCUCGCUCACAAUGAAAAUAUCAGAAAACUUGCUUCGGGAAGACUUCUUGAGUUCUCUCUCCCCAAGAAUGGUUGGGAACCUCUGUGCUUUUUUGGAGAAACCUGUUCCGGAGACAUCAUAG